AUGGGAUUCAGCAAAACGACAUCUUGCGCGCCUGCGAAAAGACUAGCUCUUACUAAUUCGGCUACUUCUCGAUCUUCAGCAACAAGACCACUGCCCGAUUCAACGAGAACCGGCAGAGCUGCAAUAGCGCAACCAUCAUAUCAACCUCGCUACCUCCAGCCAACAGCAGCGACAACCGCUCGUCGUGUUGGUACUACAGCAGGCACCCGUCCAGAUCCUUCAUCGAAUCGGCCGUCUACUAUAAGUUGCGAGUGCUUCUGCCAUUGUCUGGAUCGCUCAUCUGCACCUGCACCCCGGGAAAGUGCAGAUUUAUUGGAAAUGAAAAGGAAGAUUUCUCAGCUCGAUCUAGAAUUUGUGACAUACAAGACAAAAUCGGAAAUACUCGAGAUGCAGCUAGCAGUAUGUCGUCAGACUUCACUAGAUUGUUUGAAACAAAUGAAACAAAUAAUCAAUCGCAUGAAAGAACAGCUGAUUUCCUCACAUAAUGGCUCUGGAAAGAGAAAAGCGUAA